AUGAACGGACCAGUGGAUGGCCUGUGUGACAGUUCUCUAAGUGAAGAAGGAGCCUUCAUGUUCACCUCGGAAUCUGUAGGAGAGGGACACCCAGCUUUAUCCCUAGUAUUCCUUAUCCCAUUUCCCUCUGUGCACUGGGAACAUGUGACCAGUGUCCUUUCUCAGAGUCAUCAUGAGCAGCUUCUCCAGUCCUGCUGGGGCCAGGGAUCGAACUUGCUACUGAGCUUAAUAUGUGCUUUUGAGAGUAGAACUGCUGGAGUCUGGAUCCAAAUUCUUAAUUUAAAAAAAGAUAAGAUCUGUGACCAGAUCAGUGAUGCGGUGCUAGAUGCCCACCUCCUGCAGGACCCCAAUGCCAAGGUGGCCUGCGAGACAGUGUGUAAGACGGGCAUGGUGCUGCUGUGCGGGGAGAUCACCUCCAUGGCCAUGGUGGACUACCAGCGGGUGGUGAGGGACACCAUCAAACACAUUGGCUACGACGACUCUGCCAAGGGCUUUGACUUCAAGACCUGCAAUGUGCUGGUGGCUUUGGAGCAGCAGUCCCCAGAUAUCGCCCAGUGUGUUCAUCUAGACAGAAAUGAAGAGGACGUCGGUGCUGGAGAUCAGGGUUUGAUGUUCGGCUAUGCCACCGAUGAGACAGAAGAGUGCAUGCCCCUCACCAUCAUCCUCGCGCACAAACUCAAUGCCCGCAUGGCAGACCUGAGACGCUCGGGGGUGCUGCCCUGGCUGAGGCCUGACUCGAAGACUCAGGUGACAGUUCAGUACAUACAGAAGAGCGGUGCGGUCAUCCCUGUGCGCGUCCACACCAUCGUCAUCUCUGUGCAGCACAACGAGGACAUCACACUGGAGGACAUGCGCAAGGCCCUGCAGGAGCAGGUGAUCAGGGCUGUGGUGCCGGCCAAGUACCUGGACAAAGACACCGUCUACCACCUGCAGCCCAGUGGGCGGUUUGUCAUCGGCGGCCCCCAGGGUGAUGCGGGUGUCACUGGCCGUAAGAUUAUCGUGGACACCUAUGGCGGCUGGGGGGCGCAUGGCGGGGGAGCCUUCUCCGGGAAGGACUACACAAAGGUGGACCGCUCUGCAGCUUACGCUGCCCGCUGGGUGGCCAAGUCCCUGGUGAAAGCAGGGCUCUGCCGGAGAGUGCUUGUGCAGGUUUCCUAUGCCAUUGGUGUGGCCGAGCCGCUGUCCAUUUCCAUCUUCACCUACGGAACCUCUCAGAAGACGGAGAGAGAGCUGCUAGAUGUGGUGAAUAAGAACUUCGACCUGCGGCCUGGUGUCAUCGUCAGGGACUUGGAUUUGAAGAAGCCCAUCUACCAGAAGACUGCGUGCUACGGCCAUUUCGGAAGAAGCGAGUUCCCCUGGGAGGUUCCCAAGAAGCUUGUGUUUUAGAGCUGGGGAGCUGGGCCCGCC